UUUUCUGAGCUUUCUCUCUCUCUUCAAUGGAGGUGGUGGAGCUUGCACUAUAGACACCCAAUCAGGAUUCACACAUCAAGAUUUUGUGUCCAUAAUUUCCUCUGUUCUACUGAAUAUUGUCGUCAUGAAGAAAGAAAAUAAUGUAACCAGGAACGUUGGAGACCUCCCUCGUCGAUUGACUCGAGCUCAAGCUGCUGCAUUUCUUGCAUCUGGGCAAUUGCCUCCUUCAAAGGGGGUAUCACAACAAAAAGAGAAGCAGCUUGUAAAAGGCAAUCCAAAAAGAGCAGUUUCGGAUAAUGCAUGCCUUCCACGUAAAAAGAGGGCUGCUCUUCAGGAUGUGUCUAACAUUUUCUGUGAAACUAAAGGCAAGGGCUGUUUGAAUGCACCUAAAAUUCAGUCUAAGAAAGGCAAGCUGGAUAAGGCUGGUCCAAGUGGUGUUUCCAAAGUACUUAAAGAGAAGAGUUUGCCCCACUCAGGGCUUAGACCGGAAGAUGCUACGUGCUCAGUUAAUAACGCAAACAAUGCACUUCUUCUUUUGAUUUCUCAAAAGAAAGAUGUACAAAUGGCUGCAGCCGAGAAGAGUGGCGUUUAUGAACUUCUAAAUGUAUUAAAGGGACCAGAUAUCACUGACAUUGAUGCAGAUUUUGAAGAUCCCCAAUUGUGCAGCUUCUAUGCGACUGAUAUCUACAAAAACUUGCGUAUUGCUGAGCUAUCAAGAAGGCCUUAUCCUAACUACAUGGAAACAGUACAGCAAGAUAUAACACAAAGCAUGCGUGGGAUACUGGUUGAUUGGCUUGUAGAGGUCUCUGAGGAGUAUAAAUUGGUCCCAGAUACUCUUUACCUCACUGUAUAUCUCAUAGACUGGUUUCUCUCUCAAACUUACAUGGAAAGACGACGACUUCAGUUGCUUGGCAUAACCUGCAUGCUAAUUGCCUCGAAAUACGAAGAAAUUAAUGCCCCACGAAUUGAAGAAUUCUGCUUCAUCACAGACAACACAUACACAAAAGAGGAGGUACGAAAAAUGGAGACUGAAGUGUUGAAGUCCUCAUCAUAUAAACUAUUUGCUCCCACUACAAAAACUUUCCUCAGGAGGUUUCUUCGGGCAGCACAAGCUUCUUACGAGAGCCCGAGCUUCGAAUUGGAGUACCUGGCAAAUUACCUUGCUGAACUAACACUUAUGAACUAUGGUUUCUUAAAUUUCCGUCCUUCUAUGAUUGCGGCAUCUGCUGUAUUUCUUGCUAGAUGGACUUUAGAUCGGUCAAGCCAUCCAUGGAAUCCAACUCUUCAACACUAUGCCUCUUAUAAACCAUCAGACUUGAAAGCCACAGUUCUUGCAUUACGGGAUCUACAGCUGAAUAGCAAUGACUGCCCUUUAACUGCCAUCCGCACCAAGUAUGAGCAAGAGAAGUUCAAAUGUGUAGCGGCUUUGUCAUCACCUGAAUUGCUUGACACACUGUUCUGAAGUUAUAGAUAAUUUACAAAUCAAAGCAAAGGACCCUUAAGGCCUUAACUGUAACAGAGAUAUGUGCACAUCAGAAGGAAAAACACCUUGCUUUGUUAGUCAAAAGCCUUCUCAAUCAAGACUAAUCUAAUUCUCCCUCCAAGUUUAGUUCAAGUGUUCCUGUCUAUAUUCUUUAAUAUCUUUUUGUAUAUACAUUUGGUGACCUUUUGUUGGGAUCCUUGCUUAAGUUGUCUGACAUUGAAUGAACACCAAGGUCACAAUCACAAGCAUGUUGCAUAGGCAUGUUUUGAAGUAAUGUAGCAAAAAAAAAGGGGAAUGUUUUGAAGUAAUGUAGGAAAAAAAAGGGAAUGUUUUGAAGUAAUGUAGCCAGAAAAGGAUUGUUCUUGUUAUUAUAGUGUAACAAUGAGAUUCUGAAGCCCUAGUAAUUAGGUCCUCUGAAAUUUUUGUCAUAGUUGAGGAUUAUGGCUACAGUUCAUUUCUGUGUAGGCAAUCAAAUGAUGAAAUGCAUAUUCUUGCAGGUUUAGUAGAUACCCAGGUUAAUUGAGUUCUUAAAUACAGAAUUUCAUUUUUUAGUUA